UGUCUCUCUCUUUCUCUCUCUGGAUAUACACAGCUCUGGGCUCAUUUGAAUGUUCAAGAGACAGACUUCCAUGUGUGUGCGAGUGUGAAUUCGCCAGGAUGUGUGUGUUGCUUCCACACAUGAGAGCUUUUACUGGACUUGUUCUACUGGUUACAUCGACUUAUGGUCUGGACUCCGUGUGUGAUGCUGAUCAGGAUUCUGCAUGUUAUGGGGCUCUGGGAGGACCUGUGUACCUGCAGCUGAUGAGGAACGCCAGAGGAUAUGACCUGAGCCUCUCUAAUGGCAGUUCACAUGUUUUUAUAUUCAGAAAAUCCAAGUCAGUGUUCUAUAAUGAGUUCAACACCCCAUCAGUCCUCCAGAGGUGGCAGUUUGUUCCUGAUAACGGGACCAUGAUUAUAAACUCUACAGAGAGGAGAGACGCAGGAACAUACAGAGUGGAGAUCAUUGAUGAGUCAACAGGGAAAUCAGUGGGAGGUUACACAGUAGAGCUGACCAUAGAAGCUCCCAUGUCUGAUGUGGACCUGUCAAUCCGCUGCUCAGCCUAUGGGGAUAGGAGGGCAAUGUGCUCCUCCAAUGGGGACAGUCCUCUGUACAGCUGGUCUCUGAAUGGCAGGCCUCUGAAUGAAACCUCAUCCAAUCAGUGCUUAGAAAAGCUGGCCAAUACCUCAGCUGAAGCGCCACAGUCCAGUCCUGGUUGCAUCACAGAUCUCUUGGAGGGAACUCAGGGGAAUCUCACCUGCUUAGUCAGAAACAGCAUCAGCAGCACCAGCAAGACCCAACCACUCCCCUCCUGCACAACCACCGCGACACCAACAACAACACCAACUGCCCCCACGGCCAUGACAACCAGCAAUGGAGUAUCCAUGGCAACUAAUAAGCCAACGUCCACUCAGACUGAGUCUAAGGGGCAACAGAUUUAUGUAUACUCAUUCAUCAGCGUGAUCAUCGUCCUCACAUCACCGCUGGUGGGAGGGUAUUACCUCUACAGAAGAAACAGAAAGAGAUCACACCCUCCAGGAGGGGCAUCAAUGACUGCUAGGGCGGGCACGACCCUCGAAUACCCCACCAUGGCACCGACACUGGUCUCGUCUCCCUCAGAUGAGCGUAAGGACCAAAAAGCUCAAUCCGACCUCUACGAGUCGCAGGAUGAGGAGGAGGAGGACACAGAGGAGGUGUAGAUGCAGUGACCCCAAUGGUCCAGAGGAGAUGCAGAUGCAGUGACCCCAUUGGUCCAGAGGAGGUGCAGAUGAGUGACUCCCCAUUGGAGGAGGUGCAGAUGUGUUGUACACACAGCAAGACGAUGACAAUGUCUAUGCGACACACAGAAGCUUGUAUUUUGGCUUACUUGUUAUCAUGCACUGUAUGCCAUACUGCAUGUGUUUGUGUGCAUGUGUGUGUGUGUGUGUGUGUGUGUGUGUGUGUGUGUGUGUGUGUGUGUGUGUGUGUGUGUGUGUGUGCGAUAGUGAUUUCAUGAGUUUCAUCUUUUUACAUGUGUGCAUAUAUUGUAUUGUGUGCUGCAUCUGAAGAUUCUCUGUUGAUGGCAGUUCAAAUAAACAGCUUAAGAUACCAA